AGGUUGAUUAAUCCAUUAUAUUGUGUCAUUUGUAAUUUUAGCUUACUUCCAAUACAUGGCAGACGUGAUACCCAAGAUCACUGCUCUUCCUCGUUCCUGUGUUGUGAUACCGUGCAGUUUCACUGCUGAAGAUGAACAUCUCACUCGACUUCGUGUUCGUUGGGUCAACAAAAAGGGUGGCUACAUGUAUCACACUGACCCGGUGGACGUCUUGGACAACUUCAAAGGCCGCACAAAACUCCUCGGAGACCCGGAUGAGCAGAACUGUACUCUGGAGAUGGACGAUGUACGAACUCAUGACAACGGGCCGUUUUGCUUUCAAGCUGAAAAAGAAAAAGAGAAAUACAGCUUCAACAACAGCUGUGUGUUCAUCAUAAUGCGAAGUGAGGAAACAAGUCUUUACAAAACUGAUUUAAUGUCUUUAUUGUGUCUUGAAGAAACGCCGGACACACCAGUGAUAUCACCCCUCCCUAAUGACAUCGAACCCGGGACAGCAGUCACUGUUAAAUGUUCAGUCAAACACACAUGCUCCUCUCACCCUCCUGAAAUCAUAUGGAGUGUGCCAACUGUUCGAGAAACUAUCAGCCACAAUCCCAUGGACGAAGGGGUCUGGGAAACAGUGUCCACUGUGAACUUUAUUCCCACCGGAUAUGAAGAGGAAGAUAAAAUUGUCUGCAACGCCAAAUUUUGGGGUGGUAAAACACAGAGCAACAGUUCUGCCCCCCUGAGUGUUAAGAGAGUUCGAGGGAUUAAAUCAAAGAUAAUAGUGCUUUACGCCAUUGCUCCCUCGUUGGUUUUCAUCCUCAUUUUUGUGCUCGCUGUAGUCUUCAUAUCCAAGAGACAACACAGUUCUGAUUGUAGACAGCCUUAUCGUGAUAUGCAAGGGUCACAACCACAAUAUGAACACAGGAGAUCAAUGUGGAACAGAUUCUCGAGGUCGUAG